CGGCCACGUUUAGGUGUCGAGAUUCGAGAACAACCCACUGCCUGGAAAAUGGACUGUUUAGGUCACAUGGGCGUCAUAAAAUGACAGCGGCAACUCUGUUCGAAAGCACCGACGGGACUGUGGUUCUGUUGGACCUGCCAAGGUCUAUCGAAGAUGCUCAGCAGCAUCCCGCAGCUGUCACGCUCCCCGAAGCUCCGAGCCUGGUCACAAACUCUUGUCGUGACGGAACUUCAUGGACGAGACGGCUUAUCUCCAGCCCGCCCCCGGAGACUCCAUUUGUAACUCCGGAGCCUAAGAACGGCCCCUCACCACUCCCAGCUGCCGCACAGGUAGCUCAGCUGAUGAUUCAGGCUUCUGUAACUGGAGCAUUGGAGGAGCUCAGGACGAACUACUCAGGACCAUACUUGUUGCCCCGGCAGUUGUCGCCCCAACGUAUGAUAGCAGAUGGUGGUAAAGCUGUGGAUGAUUAUAAAUCCCCUCAUGCUUGUGACCUUGAGAGCUGCUCAACCACCGCAGAGGAUGCCACGAAAGGGAGAUACUACUUCCCUCCCGAGUCUCAUCAUGUCCUCGGAACGAUUCAGGAAACCAAGACACUGCUCUUACAAAGCGCACCAAAUUUUAACGUGAUCGUCUUGGAUCCCCCAUGGCCAAAUCGGUCUGCCAAACGCAAGAAGGGGGGCUAUAAGGUGGCCACCACAACUGAUGAUAUCCGCGCCCUGUUGUCUGAUGUGCCGAUCCCAUCCCUGCUGGCUCGAGAUGGGCUGGUCGCCAUCUGGGUGACUAACAAGCCGGCCUUUUUAGACAUGCUGACCUCGCCCAGGGACGGGAUUCUGAGCGAGUGGGGGUUGGAAUUGGUAGGGGAGUGGUCGUGGCUCAAAAUCACCACCUCUGCAGAACCAAUACUGCCCAUUGAUUCCGCUCAUCGUAAACCGUGGGAGCCAUUGCUGAUUGCGCAGCGGAAGGGUUCCAAGAGGGUUUUCCCACCAUUCUGGCGCAGGCGCGUGAUAGUGUCUGUGCCGGAUACGCACUCUCGCAAGCCCAAUAUUCGCGACUUGGUCAACCCUAUGUUGCCGCCGCGCUCUCGUGGGCUCGAGAUCUUUGCAAGAAAUCUCACGGCCGGUUGGUGGGCUUGGGGAGACGACGUACUGCAUUUCCAAGAGCGCAGCAACUGGGUUAUGGCGGAGAGUAAAAGUCCUGCAACAGGUUGCUAAAGCGAGUAGUUGUGAGGAGUUCGAUCGGGCCACAGCUGGUUCGCAUGUACCAGUAAAUGGUUAAAAUUUGUACACAAGAGAUGUAUCCAAAAGGUUGCACACCAUGCUCCACUACUUUAUGGUAGAAAGAGAGAUAAUCGUACAGUGUCAAGCCGAAGAGCUUAUAAGUAUUUAGUUAUAAAUGUCAUGAGAUGGCCGGAUCCUUCUAUUGGCCCUUUUCCUUCUCAUGCGCCUGCUCCCACCCAAUCUCAACCUCGCGCCAUCUCUCGUCGAGCUUCACCUGAUUGUCCCAAUCGACCCCACCCUUCCGCAGCGCCUGUGCCUGCUGAGCCUGCAGAAUCCUUGAUGAAGUGACUGGCAACCUCAGCGGGCUGACGCCGGGUUUCUUUUGCAUGGCUUCGGUGUAUUCUUCCAUCCUGUCAACCUCGACCUGCCUUGCCUCGAAGGUUUCGAAUUCCCAAGGCGACAGGUCCUGCGGCGCCGAUGGGGGCAUGAACGGCUUGACCAGCUCAACGAUCAUGAACUUUUUCGACUGGGGCCGCAUCUUCUUGACCCCCAUGGGUCUGCCGUUUCUACCGAUGUCCGUCUCCCUAUCUUUGAUCGGAGAUUGCUGAAUGAAGGAUCUGACCGAGCGGACUUCGACAUUGUAACAGUGGUAGAGAUAAUCCCUCAGGUCGAGCUUGUUAAAGGUCAUGGGAACUUGAAAUCUUGCAAAGUUCGGGUCUCUCUGCGAUGGCAAAUAUGUGACAAGUGCAGUCGGCCUACACCACGUGAGAUCAUGUUUGGUCAGUGGCCGAUGAAUAGCGGAUCGAGCAGAGUAAAGACACUGGGAAAAACUUACAGGAAUACCUGCUUGCCGCCUAUUCUAAAGGUAGGCCCGGCCUGGGAGGCCAUCUUGGCCGCUGCCGUCGCCAUUCUGCGGCGAGAUCUGGCGAAUAGUUUGAGCUUCGAUAUUACAGCUGGACGAGGGUUGAAAAUAAUAACUCAGAACACUCAAGGAAGUUUGGAGAAUUGCAAGCGCGAAGGUUUGGCCGGGGCGGCGUGUUCACAAGCGCCGCAACAAGUUUUUUAAAGAUACCUAGGUAGCUUUCUCGUCCCAGCCGUCACAAACGAAUGUUCACUAAAUUCGCAUUUGGCCCACAUAAAAUUCGGAUGCUUUGAGCUUGAGGUACCUUAACGGGGGACGUGCAGCACGAAUUCC